AUGUCUAUCUUGCGACGCCGGUUCGCCGCAUUCGAUGACUUUACACCCACUCCAGUUCUAGCCAUCAGAGAGACCGCCAUGGCUACCGCCACGGAAAGCGCCGCUUCGGCGACCAACACCAUUGACCCCUACACCCAUUCCCUGAAUGGUGUCAGUCAGACUGUGAACAUGCUCUUCAAGGAGAUGCUCUGGUGGAGUCUUGGUAUUCUCUGUCUCAUUGUCCUAACCAUUCGCCUCGCCGAGAUUGCUUGGUCCAAGCUGCGUCAGGUCUCUGCCAUGUCCGUCCCGGGCGAGAACCAAGUUUACUGGAAGCACAGCCAGUGGUCCUGGAUGCCUGCCCUGAAGAAGCAUCUCAUCUACGCCCCUCUUUGGAAGAAGCGACACAACCGUGAGAUCAAGCUCUCGAACGCUAUCAGCAUCGGCACGCUGCCCUCUCGUCUCCACUUCAUCAUUCUCGGAGGCUACCUCACCAGCAACCUCAUCUACAUGUUCUUUCUCAAGUGGUGGACUGUCAACAAGUACGCCUUGUGCGCAGAGAUUCGUGGUCGAUCUGGUACCCUGGCCGCCGUCAACAUGGUGCCUCUCAUUAUCUUGGCCGGCCGCAACAACCCCUUAAUCGGUAUUCUGAAGAUCAGUUUUGAUACCUACAAUCUGCUUCACCGAUGGAUGGGUCGCGUCGUUGUCAUUGAGACUGUCAUUCACACCAUUGCUUGGCUGAUCGUGCAGCUCGCCGACGGAGGAUGGGAUAGUGUCAACCUUCGUCUCAUCACUGAGAGCUUCAUCGCCUCUGGAUUCUGUGGCACCAUUGCCCUGGUGCUCUUGCUGGUCCUCUCACUUGGCCCCGUCCGCCACGCCUUUUACGAGACUUUCCUCAACGUCCACAUUAUCCUGGCUGGCAUCAUCUUUGCUUGCACCUGGGUUCACUGUGUCACUGCCAAUGUUGGCACCCUCCCCCAGCUUCCCUGGGUCAUCGCCAUCUUCCUCUUGUGGUUUGCCGACCGUGCCGCACGAAUGUUCCGCCAAGUCUACAAUAACUGGUCCAGCAGAGGUUUCACUGAGGCAUCCGUGUCUGCGAUGCCUUCUGAUGCCUGCCGUGUAACUCUGCACCUGCCGCGCCAUCUGGAUGUCCUUCCCGGAAGCCAUGCCUACCUCCGCUUCAAGGAUGUCCACCCAUGGGAGAGCCACCCCUUCUCCAUUGCUUGGGUCGAGCAUUUCCCAUGCCUUGAUGGUAAGGAUGGCCAGGAAAAGGUGACGGAGCGCGAUAUUCGCCGAGGUACCACAUCUGUUUCCUUCAUUAUUCAGGCACAGACUGGUUUCACCCGAUCCUUGUACAACAAGGCCGUUGCAUCUGGUGAGCAGACCAUCAACCUUCGAGCCUCGAUGGAGGGUCCUUACGGCGGCCAUCACCAAAUCGAUUCCUACGGCCACGCCGUUCUCUUUGCUGGUGCCAGUGGUAUCACUCACCAGCUCUCGUACUUAAAACCCAUCAUUGAGGGUUUCAAUGCGGGUACUAUUGCUACCCGCAAGGUGACUCUCAUCUGGAUUAUUCGAGACUACGAUUGUCUUGAGUGGAUUCGCCCUUGGGUUGACGAGAUCCUCCGAAUGCCCCGACGAAAGGAGAUACUGAAGAUCAAGCUCUUCAUUACGCGACCCAAGAAUCCCAAGGAAAUCCAGUCUGCUAGUGCGACUGUUCAGAUGCACCCGGGCCGUCCUAAUACCAUGACGGUACUGAAGAAGGAAAUGGAGGAGCAAGUCGGUGCCACAUAUGUCUCGGUUUGCGGUCCAGGCGCCCUUGCGGAUGACGUCCGGGAAGCCGUAAGAUCCGUGCAAGACGAUGGCACUGUCGUUGACUUUGUGGAGGAGAGUUUCACGUGGUGA